GAAGCUCUGUGCCCGGAGGGGACCCGCCGCCAUCUCAGGUCUCUCGGCUUUGCCAGGGCUAACUGGAGAAAGCUGACGCCCCGGGUCCGGUAAUCCUUAUGGGGGACCAGCCUUGUGCCUCCGGGAGGUCCACGCUCCCACCUGGAAAUACGCGGGAAGCCAAGCCUCCAAAAAAGCGCUGUCUCCUAGCUCCGCGCUGGGAUUAUCCGGAAGGAACUCCAAACGGAGGUAGUACCACUCUCCCCUCCGCACCUCCUCCUGCAUCAGCCGGCCUGAAGUCGCAUCCUCCUCCUCCGGAGAAGUAGGGGAAUCUAUUUCUCCCACCCCAAACCAGGUAUUCAGGAAGCAUGGAGGAUGGACCAAGUCACUGCCUGGUAGUAAUCAUGAGCCAUCAAAAGAGGAAGGGGGAACUUUGGGUGGGCCUUAAAGGUCUAAAGGGAUUGCAUUAUGACUCCAUUUCCUUGGUGCAUUCGUAAAAUAGUUCACCUGGUGAAGACAGUGAAGAUUAUUUACAAUGCUACCCUGCUUUUUCUGAUGUUCUGCACCUGGAAGUUGUGAAAUUUAAGAGACAUGUAACUAACUGCCUGCUGACCCUUUCUCUGUGAUGCCUUAUCAGCACUGCAAACUGAACACAGCCAAAACUGGAAUCUUUAUAUCAUCACCAGCAAUACCACAAACCUGUUUUUAUUCUUUAUUAUGAUGUAAUCAGCGUGACUUUACCUCCUGAAUUUGGAUGAAAUCUAGGACAUGGGCAAGAUCAACUUGUAGACUUCUAAGACCGAAGGUCAUGGCCUGAAUCAUGAUGAACUCACUAAAGCAAAUAUUGCCCAUGAGAUGGUCCUGCACGCAGCCAACCAGUGCUCUCUGUUGGUGAUAUUCUAAUCCUUGCUGCAUAACUUUAAAUUGCCAUAAAUUCAUUAAGAUCCCAAUAAAUUUUGUCUCUCAUUGUUGUGUUAAAUCUGUAUUACUACUGUCUAGUAAACCAUACUUCACAAGAACUCCAAAUAUAAAAUAUAACUAAAAUUAGUGUCAAAAUACAACUUUAUUUCUACAAAUGGAUAUCUACUUAUUCAUUAGCAUGUGACAACACCAGGAAAUAAGAUGAAGGGUAAAAUCAGAAAAUGAAUCAAGAUCCCAGAACAGUUUCUUCAUUUUACUGUCUUUUUAUUUAUUUAUUUUUUGCUGGUAUCUGUAUCCUACCACACUAGCUUCCAUCAUGCCAUGCUCUUCUACAUCUUAACUAUUUCCCUGGUCAAUAUGGUUGCUGUGCUUGAUUUUUAUGAAUGUUUUACUUUGAUAUAAGACUUUUUAAAUUAGGAUAAAAAAAUAGAAACAGAACAUGAAAAUUUUUGUUAGCAACUUUAUACAUUUAAAAUUAUUUAUUUAGUUAUUUGAGAGAGAUAGAGAGAGGAGCAAGAAAGAGUGCUCACAUCUACUGGUUCACUUCCCAAAUAUCCACAAUAGCUAGGGCUGGACUGGAGCCAAAUCUGGGAGUUGGAAAUUAGGUGCAGGUCACCCAUAUGAGUGUCAGGAAACCAAUUACUUGAGCCAUUACUGCUGUCUCCCAGGGUCUACAUUAGCAGGAAACUGAAGUCAAGAGUCAGAGCGAUGUAUCAAACCCAGGCAUUAUGAUAUGGGAUGAAAUUGUCUUAACUACUAAGUCAAAUGCCCACCUAAAGUAGAUCUCAAUAUUUCACACAGUUAUGAAUUGAUUAUAAAUUAGAGAUUUGUAGGAAAAUGGUCUAGAAACUAUAAUAACUGUCUUCUAGGGUUGUA